AUGUCAUCCACUGAGAACGCUACCGUUGCUGCUGCGACUGCAGUCGAGAGACUUGCCGAGAAGAGCCUCUUGCGUCCUAACCAGAAGCUCGAUCAGGCAAUCAUCAGCUCCGAACAGAACGGACUUCCCGCCAUCACUGUGUCUCCCCUCCAAGGCCACUUCCUUGCCAUCCAGUGUCAACUUAUUGGCGCCAAGACAGUCCUCGAGAUUGGGACGCUCGGGGGAUAUUCAACCAUUUGGUUCGCAGAGACGGGCGCCAAAGUCACCAGCAUCGAGAUCAACCCCAAGCAUCGCGAUGUUGCGCUAAAAAAUGUCGCUGGUCUCGAUGUCGAAAUCAUCCUGGGGAAUGCACUGGAUGUCUUGCCUAAGCUGGCGGAGGAGGGUCGCAAAUUCGACAUGGUCCUUGUGGAUGCUUCUUGGGGAGAGCAGGGUACAUACUUCGAUUGGGCAGUGAAGUUGACGAGGCCAAAGGGAUGCAUUUACAUUGACAAUGUUAUUUGGCCCCUUUUGGACAGUGGCCUGGCAGAGGAGGGCAAGAAGUCUCUGCUGACGCAUGUUGGCAAGGACGACAGGGUCAAAGCUACGUUGGUCCCGAUGAUAUCGACUGCCCACACGAAAUUGGAAGGGCGAACGAUUCUUGACGGUUUCAUUCUUGCUGUGGUUAACUAG